AUGGCUGCUACCAGCACCCCACCAGAAAAGGCACCGCACAUAUCCUCCCAACCCAUCACCUGGACGAACUGGUACAAGAAGAUAAAUUGGCUCAACACAACCCUCGUCAUCCUGAUCCCAAGCUACGGUCUCUACCUCGCCCGCUCCACACCUCUCACCCUCCCGACAUUUCUAUGGAGUAUUGUCUACUACGCCACAACCGCCUUCGGCAUCACAGGCGGAUACCAUAGACUAUGGAGCCACAGAUGCUAUUCCGCACGCCUUCCCCUACGCUUAUUCCUCGCGUUUACAGGAGCAGGAGCGAUUCAGGGAAGCAUACGGUGGUGGAGCGCUAAUCACCGAGCUCACCACCGAUGGACGGAUACGAUGAAAGAUCCCUACUCGGUUAUGCGCGGACUCUUAUUCUCGCACAUCGGAUGGAUGGUGUUGAACAACGAUCCGAAAGUUAAAGGGCGGACGGACAUCUCUGAUCUGGAUAGCGAUCCAAUCGUCGUGUUCCAACAUAAGCAUUACGGCAAACUGCUCCUGUUUACAGCCUGGAUCUUUCCUGCCGUGGUUGCUGGACUGGGGUGGGGCGAUUAUUGGGGUGGCUUUGUGUAUGCGGGGAUUAUACGGGCGUGUUUCGUACAACAGGCUACGUUUUGUGUGAAUAGUCUUGCGCAUUGGAUUGGCGAGCAGCCGUUUGAUGAUCGGAGGAGUCCGAGGGAUCAUGUGUUCACUGCGUUGGUGACAAUGGGUGAGGGGUACCACAACUUUCAUCAUGAGUUUCCGUCUGAUUACCGGAACGCGAUUGCCUGGUACCAAUACGAUCCGACUAAAUGGCUCAUCUGGAUCAUGUCGAAGAUCCCGGUCUUUCCUCUAACAUACGACUUGAAGACUUUCCGCUCGAAUGAGAUUGAGAAAGGUAGACUCCAGCAGCAACAAAAAGCUCUCGACAAGAAGCGAUCGAUGCUCGAUUGGGGUGUGCCACUCGCUCAGUUGCCGGUGAUUAGUUGGGACGACUUCCAGACUCAGGCUUCAGCCAAGGGUGCUGCUUUAGUCGCUAUUGCUGGAGUGAUACACGACGUCUCGCCGUUCAUCGCUGAUCAUCCGGGGGGCAAGACGCUCAUUAAGAGUGCGAUUGGGAAGGACGCUACUGCGGUGUUCAACGGUGGUGUAUAUGAGCAUUCAAAUGCGGCACAUAACUUGUUGUCGACAAUGCGUGUUGGAAUAUUGCGAGGCGGACAGGAAGUUGAAGUUUGGAAAACAGGUGGUGAGAAAGACACCAGAGACACCAAAGGGCUCGGUGUUGUCAGGGCUGGUGAUCAGAUCACCAGGGUAGCUGCGCCAGCUACAGCAGCCACAGCAGCCUGA